AUGUCUGGGCAGCUGGAAGGCAUCAUCGUGCUGAGUGCGGAUGGUCGGCCCGUGGUGCAUUCACACUUUGCCAACCGCAUCCCUUCGUAUCCUCUCCUCCAUUCGGACUAUUUUGCGACCCUGUUGGCAGGCAUCAAUUCGGCCAAUGCGCACAUCUCGUCCUCUUCAGCAUCCAGCUCAAAUCUAGGAGAUGAUUCGUCGUCAGCAGGACCUUCGUCGAAUCGCAUCUACUUCACGAAAGAUAUCAAGCCCGUCAUCUGGGUGCCUGGCGUACCGGAUGUCAACCCCUUGGAUCUGCAGAACCAAUCGGAGAACGACGACGACAGCGAUACAGACGAAGAGGGGGCAGCGGAUGUGACAACAAAUCUAGCGGAGCUCUCGCUGGCCAGUCAGCUGAGUGCGCGCGUCUCCGCCAGCCGUGCCGCAUCCUCGAAUGCCGCUGUUGAAGACAUAAACGUUUGGGAUGAAGCCGGAUCUACACAAACGUCCAACACAAUCAAACCAGCAGCAUCAUCAGAAGCAGCAGGAGAAGACACCUCUGCACACACACUCACCAUACCACUGACAACAGCGACAGCAGAGGAGAGAGGCGCAAAGGUGGUCCAACACGCCGCCGAAGCACUCGCCGAACAAGGUGCAGCCCUCAUCCACGUCGCUUCCGGACCGCUCCGAUACCUCUGCCCCGUCUCCCGCGAGAUCGACCCCCUCGUACCCCUCACGUUCCUACGGUCCUUCAUCUCGAUCCUGCAAGAAUACCUCACUCAGUCCACCGACCCCACCCUGCUCACCGAAGACACGCUCCGUGACAACUUCGACAUCGUCUACCAGCUCUUCGAAGAGAUCGUCGAUACCGACGGCAACAUCCUCACCACCGAAGUCAACAUGCUCAAGAGUCUCGUUCUUCCGCCGAAUUGGGUCGGAAAGCUGGUAAAAGCGGUAGGCGUGUCCGGUCUGGCAUCUGCUGCACCGCCGCCGUUGAUAUCGACGAUCCCGUGGAGAAGACCGAAUUCCAAGUACACGAACAAUGAGUUGUACGUUGAUCUGGUCGAGAGCUUGGAAGGUGUGGUCUCGAGGACGGGUAAGCCGAUCGCGUUGGACGUGUGGGCAGCGGUGCAGUGCAAUGCGAGGUUGUCGGGGACGCCGGAUCUGUCGUUGACGUUCAAUGCACCGAACCUGGUGCAGGACGAGAGCUUCCAUCCGUGUGUUAGGUGGAGAGUGUGGAGGAAGGAGAGGAGGUUGUCGUUCGUUCCCCCGGAUGGCAACUUUGAGUUGGUAUCGUUUCGAGUUGGACAGCCGUACCUUGCGGUCGCUGAUGCAGACAAGUCGGGCAGCAAAGGCCCGACAAAUGGAUGGGCGAAGGCGAUCCCCGUGCAGCUUUCGCAUUGUAUCGAGCUGCAAAAGGGUUCGGGAACAGCACUCAUCCAGGUUCAAGCAUCACCCUCCACCAGCACAUCGACCUCUUCCUCACUGUCAUCCCAGCCCGCUUCACGCCCAUCCAAAGGCCCCGAUCCAGCGGGAACGCUUGAAGAAGUCACCAUCACAUUCGGUCUCGGACCUGGCGUCGUCUCCUUCGAAGCCGCCGUCGGAGGUGGACCCCUCCCCGCAACCACCCUCAACUCCUCCAUCACUCCCUCAACGGGCGACGUCUACGGCAACUACAUCUACGACCCUUCCACCAAAAUCGUCCGCUGGACCAUACCCAAACUGCUUCCCUCGGCAUCCCAAAGACCCUGCCUGCUCAAACUCACCUGGACCACCGGAGAUCCGCGCACCGCACCCACCCAUUCGAGCGCCAUCACGCUCAGCUGGACAAACCCUUCCCAACCCCUCUCCCACCUCAAGGUGGACUCGGUCAACCUGACUAACACCAACACGCACCCGUAUCGACCCUUCAAAGGCGUCAGAUCCUUCUCCAAAGGAAAACUCGUCUAUCGAGUCUAG